AUGUCGGAGGAGGAUGUGGAGGUCAGCAACUUUCGUCCUCCCAAACUUCUUCGCAUGAUUCAUAGCAGUGCUAGGAAGAAGAAGGCCAUGUACCUUGCUGACCUGCAUGGCGUGGCGGAGAGCUUGGAGGAUGUCAUUGCCGGCAUGACGGAGUUUGUUGUUCUUUUGGGUGGGUGCGAUCGUACACUGCGCCGACCAUACGACGCCUACCUUUUCAAUAACAACAUCAUGUUUGGACGCCAUGCUGAGAAGCAGAAGCUUCUGAACUUUGUGUUGCAGCACAACUCUCUCAGUGAUGUGCCGGCUCUGCUCUCGGUCAUCGGCGCUCCUGCAGCCGAGAAGAGGACCCUGGUCGCCAAUUCUACCGAUCCUUCUACCCUUGCACUUGCAAUUGUUCCUUACAAUGAUUCUAGAGAUAGUCAGACGGAGACAGAUAAUAUGGACGUAGAGGAAGAUAAUAUUGAUGUUAACUUGAAUAGUUCACCUCGUGAGGAUUUUGAUGAUUCUUUUUGGUCUGAUAUAUUUGAUCCAAGAAACUGGGAUUCUCUUAAUUCUAAACAGAUUGAUAUCUUAGCACAGAAGGGUCCAAAAGCAGACAAGUUAGUUAAAGGUCCCAAAGAUAGAUAUCGUAAAAGGUUUACUUCAGUAUUCUAUACUAGAAUCCUAUCAAAUGGAGAGUAUUUUGAUAGAGACUGGCUUGUCUAUUCUGAACAACUUGAUAGAGUCUUUUGCUUUGGUUGUAAAUUAUUUACAAAAGGUCAUCGGAAAGGUCAGUUGGCAAAUGAGGGCUGUAAUGAUUGGUCACAUAUGACCAAUAGACUAAAAGAUCAUGAGACAAGUGUGGAUCAUGUUUUGAGUAUGACUAAUUGGUAUGAGUUGCGUAGUAGAUUGGAAAAACAUCAAACUAUUGAUAAAGCUGCUCAACGACAACUUGAGAAAGAGAAGGACCAUUGGAGAAAGGUAUUAUUCAGAAUUGUUUGCAUUGUAAAAUUUCUUGCAAAGCAUAAUCUAGCAUUCUGUGGUACUAAUGGCAAGCUGUAUGAAGAUAGCAAUGGUAAUUUCUUGGGUUUGGUAGAGAUGUUGGCUGAAUUUGACCCCGUUAUUCAGGAGCAUGUUCGUCGUAUUACAAAUGAAGAAACUCAUGCUCAUUAUCUUGAUCAUAAGAUUCAGAAUGAAUUGCUACACUUGCUCGCUUCUGCUAUUAGGUCUGAAAUUAUCAAGAAAAUAAAGAGCUCAAAGUAUUUCUCUGUCAUACUUGAUUGUACCUCAGAUGCAAGUCACCAAGAGCAAAUGUCUUUAAUUAUAAGAUAUGUGGAUUCAUCUUCAAGUCAAGUUUGCAUAGAAGAGCCCUUUCUAGGAUUUCUGGAUGUAAAUGAUACAACCGGCCAAGGACUUUUCGAUGUGCUAGAGAAGGAGCUAAAACUUCUUGAUCUUGAUAUAAAUGAUGUAUCUGAAACUGAUAUUGAUCCAAAGGCAAGCAGUGAGGCUCUAGGUUUGGCAAAUAAUGAACUUGGAGAGUAUGAAUUUAUCGUGGCAAUAGUCAUUUGGUAUGAGGUAUUGUUUGCUGUUAAUUUAGUAAGCCAAAACUUGCAAACAAAGGAUAUGCUUAUUGAUGUUGCUAUUGAGAAAGUGAAAGGGCUUAUUUCUUUCUUCGAGGGGUACAGGGAAACUGGUUUCUUAGAAGCAUUGGAGAUAGCCAAAUAA